AUGUCGCAAAAUAUCAAGACUAUUCCAACCGACGAGUACAAAGCCGUCGUCAAGGCUGUUCAACAUUACGUUGAUAGCCUUAUUGAAGCCAGUCCACAAGUCCUGGACAAAGCAUUUCACAAGGACGCCACCAUGACUGGCUGGUCUCCUGAUGGUUCCUUGGCCUCCGGAAGCUACACAGCUCUACAUACGUACUUCGAGACGUACGGGCCGGCAAAGAACAUCAAAACCCACACCGAUGUUCUUAGCAUAACGCCAACGACGGCAGUAGUCCGACUCGAUAUCGAAGGAGCGCCUGAUGCUCCGUAUACAGACUUCCAUAUCCUGUUCAAGAUUGACGGCGAAUGGAAGAUCAUUGCCAAAGCAUUCCAUGCGUACAAAUCGUAA